AUUGAGAAGAGAGGACGCUUUGUCUUUCUCAGCUUAACCUGCGCAUCUAGCCCCCUUCCUAUCCUACGCACUCUUUUCCUUUGUGACACUAGACUUGCAAUAGUGAGGGGGGCUUGAUCAGAGCUUGCCUUUUCAGUCAUUGCAGGAGCUAUAGAUGGAGUUUUCUAGGGUUCGUGAUCAAGUGAACGUGGCUUGGCAUCCAAGUCAAUAUUGCAUUUUUUCCAUUUGAGUAAUUUGGUCGUGAGAACAGUCCUUGAUCCUUGCGUGAAGAGUUGGAAAUGGUUUUCAGUAGUUGCAGGGGUAGAUUAUUGUGUACUGUGAUCUUCGUCUUUCCAGUUCUGAAGCUGGUUUGCUUUCGACUUUCGAGGAUUCUCAGGGGUUAAGAGGGUCUUUUUGGGGAGUUCAUACGGAAUUUCUUACGCUAUGAAAUGUACGGCAUUUCGUUGGAGGUUGUCGUCUGGUGAUGAUUGGGGUAUUUUCAUGGGGUGAUUUGAGUUAUCGGAGCUGCAUUUGAGAAGGUUUUGUUCGAUGAGACUAGACUUCAAGUAUUUUGACACUUCGAGGGCUCAUGGAGGAGUUGGCAAGGAGAAAGUUCUGUUGCUCAGAUUGAGGGCAUUGGGGAGGGGUUGUGUAUGAAGAUGAAGAUUCGUGUAUAGUCAGUCUUUCUGGAGUUUUAGGGAUCUUGCUCUAUGAUGCUUCAGGCGCCUUCAAGGAUACUUUUAGGGAUCUCAAUGAUAUAUUCUUUACCUUGGUAGAUCCUCAAAGGAAGCUUUUUUAUUAACUUUUUUAGUCUUUAGUUUAAGAGCAGAACUUGUGAAGAACAUUUAAUUCGCGCUCUAUAUUUUUCUUCUUUGGCGGGAGAGAAAUGAACGAUACCUCAGGGAAAACAUGUUCAACAUUAGCUAUUUCAGAGAAGCGGCCUCAGAGGCCCGGUGGUUGCGUCGGUAUCUUCUUUCAGCUCUUCGACUGGAACCGGAGACUAGCCAAAAAGAAGCUUUUUUCUAAAAAACUGCUUCCACCAGCUCGAGCGAAACGUGCUUCCAAGAAGUUCAAUGGAGAUGAGAAGUUGCCAAUGGCCAAGCUACUUCUGAUUGCUGAUGAAAAUCGUGGGGGUUUUCCUAAUUCUAAGAAGACCGAACUUGAUACCAUUUAUUCUGAACGAAACCAUGAAAUGCGACAACCGGGUUUGGUCGCCAGGUUAAUGGGUCUGGAGUCCAUGCCAACCGUCCGUCGAGAUAAGGCAAAAAAACCUACAUCCUCUGAUUUUUCCCCCAACCAGGAGAAGAAGUAUACGAAUAAUCCUAGUAAUAGAAGUUCUGAGCUCUUCCGUUGUGAUAAUGAAGAUUCGAAUUUGGAGAAGUGUCAGACGAAGAUGGAAGCAAGACCUCAGAAGCUUCAAAAAACAAGGUUGUUUGAGAGACGCUCAGUGAACAGGUUUGGAGCCGAGGCGCUGCAAUUCAAAGGAGUUUUAUCACGUUCAAAAAAGCAUCAGCAGAAGCUUGUUUCUCCGGUGAAGAGCCCGAGGAUUCUUUCCGGAAGAAACGCAGCUAGGUUGAUGGAAGCUGCUACGAAGAUUUUGGAACCUGGGCUACAAUCUACUAGCAGGGCAAAAUGUACUCUUACUUAUACCCCUUCUCUCCAUCGUCCUCCAAGGGAUGAAAUCAUGAUAGAGGGAACAACAGUUGUACCACUGGAUCAUUCUAAGCAAUCCGAAAAUUUUGUAAGCGCUGCCAAGCCUUUGAAGGGGCAGGCAUCAUGUAAAAGUUGUGGUAAUUUGCUAGAUGUUGUAGAUUUUAGAUCAAGCGUUGAAGAGCAAGAGCCAGGGUUUGCAUCAUCUUUCUCGGACUUGAGCAACUCUCCCCCUCAAGGGUCAGGGAAGAGUAAACCUAGAUCACCUAUAUCCUCUCUUGAUCAGAAGAGAGAUAUGGUUGUUCUGAAAAAUCAGGAGCGGCAAGUAUCAGUUGCUGCUCAUUCCAAGGCUAACAUGCACAUACGGACUGAAAACAUUACAGACAGGAGACCUCCCUUUCGAGAAAAUCAGGACAAUUCCUGCAUGAUGGGGCAGCGUUACAAGUCUCAAAAGGAUGUACCCGCGUCUACUGUUAUCAAGCAGCGGACUCAGAGGCAAAAUCAGGUACUGACAAUGAAGGAUAGGGUACCACCCAGACCGAAAACAAACAAUCUGCAGGGUAGAAGAUACAUGUCUGGUGGUGAUGUUGUUAAUAGGACCAAAGGUUUUGCUUCUUUGAACAGGAAUGCUAACUGUCAAACCCGACCAAGGAUGCCUUCUAGAGUAUUGGAUAACCGUAAGGUGGUUAACACAGAGGGGAAUGCCUGUGACGGUCAAGAUGGUUCACCUUCACGGCUGAAGCCCUCAAUCAGGAAAAGGAGGCCUCUGAAUGGUAGUGGUCAGGUUGGAAAAGCAGGUUCUGUUAGUUGUAUUGUGAAGCAAAGGAAUACCAAUGGAAAAGGAGUUGAGCUUAAUACCGGCAUUGUGAAUAGGAGCCAUAUCAAAAGUGGGUCUCCCAGCAAGGCAGGAGUUGGUACAACUGGUGGAAAGGGCAAUGAAAUUGUUUCUUUCAUGUUUAGUUCCCCAAUGAGGCAAAUCAUCAGCUCUUCUUCCCCUACACAAAUGGAGAAGAGAAGGGGUCAAGGUGAACUUAUUGGAAGCAGUGUUUCUCAGCAGAAAAAGCAAAUAUUGGACACAAACUAUGGAAACCCGUCUCCAAGAACAUCGCCAUUGAAGCUAGAUGCUCUAGGUGUUCUUCUGGAACAAAAAUUGAAAGAACUGACUUGUCAAGAAAGGGAUGAGUCCAUAGGAGGUACUGCUUCAGGGAGAACUACUGCUUCCAUUCUCCAAGAACUGAUAUCUGCCCUAACUGCAGUAGGACCAAUUUCUCAGGAAUGUCCAGACAACUCCAUUGGAAUCGACGAGGGAAGCAGCUCAUGCUACAGUAGCCCAAAAUCCUCUGAGCUCACAUCAGCCCAUGGUCAGGCAUUCAAGACAAAUAGAAAGCUCCAGGUAGAAGGGGGACAAGUUGGUUUACUGCAUUCUAAUGAUACUGAUCAUCCCAGCCCAGGAUCAGUUCUUGAAGCUUGUUUCUCUAAUGACAGUUGCUAUUCUGGUAGUCUUGAUGACAGCUCAGGACAUAACCUGCACUCUGAAUCUAUGGGUUGUUCAUAUGAUCAAUCACAGCCAUCAUCACUCAUUGAUGCAGAUUUGUCAGAUUCUGCCACAUCUUUCAACAUGAGGAGGGCUGGAUAUGAGGUUGCAAUAGAUUCCACGGGCAUUCUUUCCAGGAUAUUUCAUAGCAUUGAUCUUGCAAAUAUUGGCCUAACAGGAACCAAGCUCGACGAUGCCAGGGAGGUUAUCAUGCAUGCUGAGCUGAUGUUUGGAAAUAUUACCUUGAGCCAUGCAGAUGGCAUGGCAAGCUUCCUCACAGGCCCCCUGCUUGACAAGUUGGAUGCUCUUGCUGAUACCUUUUGGAGAAGUUACAGUUGUAAUCUGAGUUUUAAGGAAGCGAAAGAAGGUUUCCUACUUAGGAGUUUUCAUUUUGACUGUAUUAUAGAGUGCUUGGACUCCAAAUAUAGUCAUUACUGUAAAUCAGGAUACAAGACAUGGGCGAAACUGCCACUGCACAUGAGUAGAGAGUUGCUGCUACAAGAGGUCUACGAUGAGGUUAGAAGGUGGUCUGAUUUUGCUGGAAAAAUCCCAGAUGAGAUAAUAGAGAGGGAGAUGAGUCAUGCGUUGGGGAAAUGGACAGAUUUUGAGAUUGAAGCAUUUGAGGCGGGUACUGAAGUCGAGUUGGACAUACUGGACAUUUUGAUGGAUGAAAUCGUUAUGGACCUUUGGCAGUGUGGAGCUACUUUCUCUUGGAUACUAUAGAAAAUAAGAAAACCCCCUAACCGUGGUUUCUUAUAAACAGCUAUUCACUUUGUUUGCCUCUCUCUCUGUUGAGUUUUUUGUUUUUUCACUUUUGUGUAGGUCUCCUCUAUCGAGUGUUGUAAGUUCAAGCUGCAGAUUCUAGGUGCUAUGUUGUAAUUAUGCAUCCAGUGAACAGGCUACAGAAUGAGGGAACCUCUGUUGUACCUCCAUGUUUCUCUACGAUAAGAUGAAUUUAUUUGUACAAAUAAUUGGGCUUCACCUUCACAA